CACACACACACACACACGUGCUGGCCGUGAACCCCUCUCAAACACCAAACUACAAACAAGGUUGACCCGUACCCCCCCGAGAAGCCAGUCAAACGGAAUCCUAGACGCAUCCCAAGCUAGACAAAAAGGUUCCCGCGGCAAUGGCAUCCGCAACGUCUUUCCGCCAGAUCAUCGGCGCCCCGGCCUCGACGGCCUCGCCCACCGACAGCACCCUCGUCAUCAUCGACGCGCAGAACGAGUACGCCGAGGGCAAGCUCGCCGUGUCGGACGUCGCCACCUCCCGCAAGGCCAUCGCCGGCCUCCUCCAGAAGUACCGCGAGGCCGGCGGCAGCGUAGUGCACGUCGUCCACGACACGCCCGAGGGCGCGCCCGUGUUCACGCCCGGCACGCGGCUGGCCGAGGAGUUCGACGAGCUCGCGCCGCGGGACGGGGAGAAGGUCGUGAGGAAGAAGUUCCCCGGGUCGUUCGCCGGCACGGACCUGGAGGCGCACCUCGGGGGGCUGGGGGCGAGGGGGAAGAAGGUCGUCUUGACGGGGUACAUGGCCCACGUUUGCGUGUCGACGACCGCGAGACAGGCCGCCCAGCGCGGGUUCGAUGUUCUCGUGGCCGAGGACGCGGUCGGCGAUCGGGAUAUUCCUGAUGUCGACGCGGCGCAGCUCACCAAGGUGGCGCUGAGCGAGAUUGGCGAUGCCUUCGGCACCAUUGUGCAGAGCAAGGACAUUGCAUAGGCUCAUACUGAAGAAAGGUCAUUCAUAUAUACCUAGGCUCUAGUUGAAGUAAAAGUUGGAUUUAGCAGUUACUUCACGUUAUUAGGUAUUAUAUACUAUAUCAAGAUAUCAAAUUCUAGUGCGGUCUCUAGGCUAGACUCCAAGGGUAAAUACUGUGUUGUGUUGUUUGUAAAGUAUUAGUUAUAGGUGUCGCACUAGUCUCUAGAGCAGUUCAUAGUUCUAGCUAAGACAGGACAUAAGACGGGCUAUUACUAUUAUUUACAUUCAUCUAACCUACCUUUGUUAGACCCAUCCCAUUUUAUAUAGGUUUUUCAAUAAAGUAAGAAUAGACUAUGG